AUGAGGAGAAGUGUAUCAAUGCUUGCACAAGAGAUGGAUCAGUUGAUUUUUAUGAAAAAACCUGCUUUGAAAGCUAGGACUGGUGGAUGGAAGAGUGCAUCAUUGUUGUUGGUGAAUCAAGGACUGAUUUCAUUGGCUUUCUCUGGAGUUGAAGCAAAUUUGGUUCUCUUCUCAAAAUUAGUAUUGAAACAAACUAAUGUUGAGGCAGCAAGCACAUUUAGCAUAUGGAUGGGAACCACUUAUUUCUUAUCUUUAAUUGAAGUUUUUCUUAGUGACUCAUACUUGGGAAGAUACCUCACUUGUAUCAUAUUCCAGUUUGUUUUCAUCAUUGGCAUGGUAGUUAGCGUAGCAGCAACAUUGGAUCCUGCAACACCAAAACCAACAGCAAAUCUGAGUUGCACCUCCAUAAGCUAUAAGGCCAAAUUAUAUUUAAAGAAAAUAACUAAUACACCACCUCAAGCCUCAAGAGUUUUAGUUGUUGUACCCCAUAGUGCUGCAAAUCCAUCCAAUGGGCAGUCUGGUCAUGGUUCUUCUAGCCAAUCUCUAAAAGGGAGUGUAGUCAGCGUCCCUAAAACCAGUUCGGCUACUAAUGACAUUCUCAAUCAAGAAAACAUCCAACCUCAAGCUGCUGUUACAGCCACCACUUCGCCUAAUGAAACCGUCGACUCAAUUACACAAAUUGACCAAGAUAAAUCUUCAAGUUCUGACCAAGGAAAAUCUCUAUCAAGUUCUGAUCAACAUCAAAUUUCUAUAUCCGGUGUUUAUUCCCCUUCUUAA